AACUACCACAACUACUCAAAUCAAAGGCGGAUGUUUCGAUGUUUGGUGUUGUGCUAGUCCUUUCAGACACAUAUUAACAUACACCCACAAACUAUGAACAAUAGAGUCAUUGAACAGUUCUCUCCUUGUGAUCUCCGAACUCAAAGGUCUCCCCUUAUAAUCACUCUGUCGUUGCCUCCGAUACGUGUUUUUCUGAUUUUACGGUGUUCAGUGAUUUAGUUUUGAUUUUGCCUUUGGAUUUAAUUUUUGAAAAUGGAGAUUCCACUGUUGCGUUACCAGAAUAUAUUAUUCGACCAAAUUCAGAAUAAUAGUAGCCUUCCUUUCUCAGUCUCGGAGCAUAAGAGUUUUGAACAGAAAAUUUUAUUUUCUUUAUAUCGUUUUUCAUUCGAUAGAAUUAAAUGGAGAAGUCCAUUCACUAAGAUCCGGUGUUGUUCACUGGAUCAGGGGCUACAUCCACGCCCUAAGCCAAAGCCGUCUAAAGUUGACAUUGAAGUAGAAGUUGCCAGAUCGCGAGAUACCCAAAUCAAAAGACCCAGCAGGAGACUCUGUAGUCAAAUAGAGAAGUUAGUUCUUUAUGGGAGGUAUAGAGAUGCACUUGAGUUGUUUGAGAUCUUUGAGCUUAAUGGUGGAUUUGAUGUGGAAAGCAGUACAUACGAUGCUUUAGUCAGUGCGUGUAUAGGAUUAAGAUCCAUAUCAGGAGUGAAGAGAGUAUUCAAUUACAUGACGAGUAAUGGUUUUGAACCUGAUCAGUACAUGAGUAACAGAGUACUGCUUAUGCAUGUUAAAUGUGGGAUGAUCAUCGAUGCACGUAAAUGGUUUGAUGAAAUGCCUGAGAGGAAUUUGGUAUCGUGGAACACUAUAAUAGCUGGGCUGGUAGACAUAAGGGAUUAUAGGGAAGCAUUUAGGUUGUUUCUAUUUAUGUGGGAGGAGUUUUCUGAUGCCGAGUCCCGGACUUUUGCUACCAUGAUACAAGCGGCUGCUGGAUUGGGAUUGAUUUCUAUAGGUAGACAGUUGCAUUCAUGCACUUUGAAGGUUGGGGUGGACAGUGACAUAUUUGUUUCUUGUGCCCUGAUUGAUAUGUAUAGUAAGUGUGGGAGCAUCGAGGAUGCUCAUUGCGUCUUUAAUGAAAUGCCGGAGAAAACUACUGUAGGAUGGAAUACUAUCAUUACGGGUUAUGCACUCCAUGGCUAUAGUGAGGAAGCUUUGGACUUGUGUUAUGAUAUGCGUGAUUCUGGUGUUAGAAUGGACCAUUUUACAUUUUCUAUAAUAGUGAGAAUAUGUGCAAGAUUAGCUUCUUUGGAGUAUGCUAAGCAAGCCCAUGCUGCUCUAAUUCGUCAUGGUUUUGGAACGGAUAUUGUGGCAAACACAGCACUUGUUGACUUUUAUAGCAAAUGGGGGAGAAUAGAACAUGCAAGACAUGUUUUUGACAAGAUGCCUUGCAAGAAUGUCAUCUCCUGGAAUGCCUUGAUUGCUGGAUAUGGUAACCAUGGUCAGGGAGCUGAGGCAAUUGAGUUGUUUGAGCAGAUGCUUCAAGAAAGGAUGAGACCGAACCAUGUCACUUUUCUUGCUGUUUUAACAGCUUGUACCUAUUCUGGUUUAUCAGAGAGAGGGUGGGAAUUUUUUCAAGCUAUGGGUAGGGAUUACAAGGUAAACCCCCGGGCCAUGCACUAUGCAUGUAUGAUUGAGUUGUUAGGUAGAGAGGGCCUCUUAGAUGAAGCCUUUGCAUUGAUAAGAGGUGCUCCGUUCAAGCCCACAGCAAAUAUGUGGGCUGCACUAUUAACAGCUUGUCGGAUACAUGAGAACUUGGAGCUUGGAAAAUUUGCAGCUGAGAAACUUUAUGGAAUGGAGCCAGGAAAGCUUAAUAACUAUAUUGUGCUUUUGAAUAUAUACAACAGUUCAGGCAAGUUAAAGGAAGCCGCUGCUGUCGUCCAGACUUUAAGAAGAAAGGGUUUGAGAAUGCUUCCAGCGUGCAGCUGGAUUGAAGUUCUGAGACAGCCACAUGUUUUCCAUUUUGGAGAUAAACACCAUCCCCAAAUAAAGGAGAUCUAUCAAAAAGUUGAUGACUUGAUGAAAGAAAUAUCUAAGCACGGUUAUGUUCCUGAGAAGAAAACUCUGCUUCCUGAUAUUGAUGAGCAAGAACAGCGAGUUUUGUCAUACCAUAGUGAGAAACUGGCAAUUGCUUUUGGGUUGAUCAAAACUCCAUAUUGGGCACCCUUGCAAGUUGUUCAGGGCCACCGGCUUUGUAGUGACUGUCACAAAGCAAUUAAGUUGAUAAGUAUGGUUACUAAGAAGGACAUUGUGGUCAAGGAUUCCAGUAGAUUCCAUCAUUUCAAAGAUGGGAGUUGCUCUUGCGGGGACUAUUGGUGAUAAUAGAAAAAUAUUGAGCGGUAGAACUGUCAAAAAAAUUUUAUGCAUUAAUUAUUCUAUUGUUUUCUCCUCUAGAUAUAAUGAUGCAAGCACAAGUUGUUAUUGUAAUUUUUUUCAGGUAAUAAAUAGGAAGUAAAAAGUUCUUCAAUCA